CUUCUCUACUUCCAUCCCUCUUUGCUACCGGCUUCGAGGCUCCGUCAAUAUGGGUAUCACUUUCUCCAGGCUGUUUGAUAGACUAUGGGGUCGCAAGGAGAUGCGAAUCCUGAUGGUCGGUCUCGACGCCGCCGGAAAGACCACCAUCCUUUACAAGCUGAAGCUCGGUGAAAUCGUCACCACCAUCCCUACCAUCGGUUUCAACGUCGAGACUGUCGAGUAUAAGAACAUCCAGUUCACCGUGUGGGAUGUCGGCGGUCAGGACAAGAUCCGUCCUCUGUGGCGCCACUACUUCCAGAACACCCAGGGUAUCAUCUUCGUGGUGGACAGCAACGAUCGCGACCGUAUUGUCGAGGCCCGUGAGGAGUUGCAGCGCAUGUUGAACGAGGAUGAGCUCCGGGAUGCUCUGCUCCUGGUGUUCGCCAACAAGCAAGAUUUGCCCAACGCUAUGAGCCCCGCCGAGAUUACCCAGCAGCUCGGCCUCCAGAGCCUGACCCGCCGUGCUUGGUUCAUCCAAUCUACCUGUGCCACCACCGGUGACGGUCUGUACGAGGGUCUGGAGUGGCUCGCCGACACUCUCCGGAAAACCAACCGCGACUAAGCGAGUAUAAUAUGGUGAAUG